CGACCGACCUGAGACCUUAAUAGAGAUCAGAGAGAAUGAUGGAAGAUAUAGAGAAAUCAUCGAUCAUUGAAGAGCCAACUAGUGUACAACCUAGCGAUAACGAAUAUGUGGAGGAAAGGGAGAUCAUGGACCAGGACGACGCGUCCUCCUCCAAGCUAGUGGCUGUGGUGCCUUCUGAGGUCCACCCGCUCGAGCACUCGUGGACUUUCUGGUUCGAUAGCCCCACCGCGAAGUCCAAGCAAACAGCCUGGGGAAGCUGCAUACGUCCCAUUUACACUUUUUCCACUGUUGAAGAAUUCUGGAGCCUAUUCAAUAACAUACAUCGUCCUAGCAAAUUAGCUGGUGGAGCAGACUUAUAUUGCUUUAAGAGUCCAAUUGAGCCUAAGUGGGAGGACCCGGUGUGUAGCGAUGGAGGUAAAUGGACUGUGAGCUUUCUUCACAGGGGGAAAUCUGAUACUUGUUGGCUGUAUACGUUGCUGGCUAUGAUUGGAGAACAAUUUGAUCAUGGAGAGGAAAUCUGUGGAGCAGUUGUUAAUGUGAGAGGUAAACAAGAAAAAAUAGCUUUGUGGACCAAGAAUGCUGUCAAAGAACCUGCUCAGAUAAGCAUUGGGAAACAAUGGAAGGAAUAUCUUGAUUACAGUGACACUAUAGGUUUCAUUUUUCAUGAUGAUGCGAAGAAGCUUGAGCGAGGACCCAAGAACCGCUACACGGUCUGAUAAAAGAAAAUUAUAUAAUUUUGGUUUGCAACUAAUCAACAAACAUGUUGCUCAUAACAUAUAUAACUGUCCUAUCUUGUUUGAGCCUGACCUGUGCUCAUGGCUUAUGAGACAGUCUAUUAAAAUUUUGUUUGCAGCUCAACAAACAUUAUUCUCUAAAGAUAUCUGCUUUUAUUUGAUAUCAUCUUUUGA